ACGGGAAGAGGCGCAGUGGGGAAAAAAAAACAAGAUGGCAGCGGGCUCAGAUCACGGGCUGAAAAGAAUAGUUUGGAAAAGAAUACAGGACACAAUUGUUACAGACUGCAGAAACUCUGAAGUAUGGAAGAUAUUGAUUCUGGAUCCCUUCACCACCAAGCUCCUCUCAUCAUGCUGCAAAAUGUCCGAUCUGAUGUCAGAGAAGAUAACAAUUGUGGAGGACCUGUUCAAAAGCAGAGAGCCUGUUCCCGAAAUGAAGGCCAUUUACUUUAUGACACCUACUGCUAAGUGUGUGGAUGCCUUUAUAAAGGAUUUCAAGCCCAAACCCAAAUACAAAGCUGCGUACGUCUAUUUCACUGACUACUGCCCUGAUGACCUGUUCAACAAAAUGAGGCAAGCCUGUGGAAAGCACAUAAGGGUCUGCAAGGAAAUAAACAUCUCUUUCAUGCCUCAGGAAGCACAAGUUUUCACCUGCGAUAAUCCCGGGGCUUUCCGAAGCAUCUACAGCCCCAAGAGUCAGGACAAAAUGAAGACACUGGAGACACUGGCAGACCAGCUCGUUACACUCUGUGCCACAUUAGACGAGUACCCAGGGAUCCGAUACAAGAAAGACGGCAACAUGGAGAAUGCCAAACUCCUUGCAGAGCUGGUGGACCGGAAGCUGGCUACACACUACCAGCUGGAUGACAGUGGCAAGAAAAAGGAGAAGACCCAAGCCCAGUUGCUGAUAGUUGACAGAGGCUUUGAUCCUGUGACCCCCAUCCUGCACGAGCUGACCUACCAGGCCAUGGCCUACGAUCUCAUUGAAAUAGAAAACGAUACCUAUAAGUACAAGGCUAGAGACGGCUUAGAGAAGCAGGCCCUGCUGAACGAGGAUGACAUGCUCUGGGUGAAGCUGAGGCACCAGCACAUCGCAGAGGUUUCAGCGCAAAUUCCCAAGAUGGUGAAGGAGAUAUCUGCUAGCAAGAAACAGCCAGAUGGGAAGAUCACAAUUAGCAAUUUGUCUCAAAUGAUGAAGAAGAUGCCUGCGUUCCGUAAACAGAUGACAGAGAAAACGAUUCAUCUGCAGCUGGCUGAGGACUGCAUGAAACAUUUCAAAAACAAUGUGGAGAAACUCUGCAAAGCUGAACAGGACCUUGCAGUAGGCGCCGAUGUGGAUGGGUUAAAGGUGAAAGAUCCCAUGAGGACUCUGCUGCCUGUGCUGCUGAACCCAUACAGUAAACAUGACAAGAUCAGAGCUGUGCUGCUCUACAUCUUCAGCCUGAACGGGACAACUGAGGAAAACUUAAACAAACUUAUUGAGCAUGUAAAGAUCGAGGGAGAACCGGAGUAUAUCCUGAACUGGAAAGAGCUGGGUGUGCCCAUCAUCACAACGCCCAGUUUCUUCUCUCGUAAACCCAACCGACGAGAGCGUUCCCAAGAGGAGACAUACAACCUUUCGAGAUGGAUCCCUACGAUAAAAGAUGUGAUGGAGGAUGUCGUGGAGAACAAACUGGACACCAAAGAGUGGCCGCACCAGUCCGAGUGUCCUGCUGCCUGGAAUGGCUCCGGGGCUGUCAGCGCACGGCAGAAGCACAGAGCCAGCACUCAGGAUGACCGCCGGACUGGCUCGCGUCUCAUCAUCUUUGUUAUAGGAGGGAUCAGCUUCUCUGAGAUGCGCUGCGCCUACGAGGUCACCAGGGCAAUGAAAUCCUGCGAGGUCAUCAUUGGGUCUUCCCACAUUUUGACCCCCACCGUUCUCCUGGAUGAGAUCAAGGCCCUGAGCAAAGGACCCAUGGAAAGCUUCUCACUAGAGGUCGAGAGCAAACCUUGAGAAGUUCGGCCUCCACCUAACGUCUCUCUAGACCCCCACCCCGCUUGUUUCUCUACAUCCCUUAUCACUCAGCACAGCACACUUAGCUCAACUUCCUCAGUGGAAUUGUGAAGGGAAUUUCCUUACAGUCAUUUAAAUAGCUUUUCAAUCCAAGCCCAUGUUCAUAGUGCUAGGUAUGAGACGCAGAUUUUCCACAUGAAGAGCUAAGAACAUGGUGCGAUUAUGACAUUGUGAUUUGAACAUUUGGAUAGUAUUUAAUAACUAACUCAUCUCAUCCUACUCUAACCCGUCUGUUUGUUUGUCUUAAAAAAAUAUGAUAAUGUUACAAGUUGAAAGGCUUCUAAGAGAAACCUUGAGAAACAGAAAGAUGGUGCAAAGUCACUGAUGUAUAUAUGUAUGUAAGCACUGAGUCCCUGCUAUGCCAUUUUGACUUUUUCACCUCUGUUCAUAAACACUUUAAUGACUUUUGAAGACUGUUUUUAACAUUAAGUAUUUACGUUUUCCUUGAACAGCUGACUAAUAAAUGGAUGAAGUGGU